AUGAUUGAUAAUUCUUGGAGAAUGUUCGAAUUACAGUCACAGAAACACAAUGCAGAAACGUUUUUUGCAAGAUCGUACACCUCCAGUUGCGGUGAAAAACCUAAUGAAUGCAUUGAUAAACCGAUGAAAUGGCCGAGUGGAAAAACAGCUAAAUUUAAAUUUCACGAGGAAACCGAAGCAAUAUUGAACGCGCAAAUAAAUGCUGAACUGAAGGCAUUUUAUUAUUAUCUUUCUAUGGCUGCAUAUUUCGGACGCGCCGAUGUUGCAUUGCCCGGUUGCGAAUCGUUCUUCAUGCAAAUGCAUCACGAAGAGCACGAACAUGCUCUCAGAUUUGUAAAUUACGUUAAAAUGCGCGGAGGUUGUGUUAAUUUGUGCAACGUGAAGCAACCCACCGAUCAAGAUUGGAAAUGUCCCCUGCACGCGUUCAAAACGGCUUUGGAAUUAGAAAUUGAAGUAAGCGACAAACUAGUUGCUGUAAACGUCGUAGCGGAGAAGCAUGGCGAUUUAAACGCAAGUGAUUUUAUUGUUACUGGUUUUAUGGAAGAUCAAAUGAAAAGCGUUAAUGAAAUGGGAAGAUUCGUAGCUGUUUUAUCUGGAAUUGGUGAUCAGGCAUUGUCACGUUUUAUGUUCGACAAAGAUUUGCUUGAGAAUCAUGUUUCACCGAAAUUCAAUGUACUUCACACAAAAUUGAGAACAAACGGAAAUAACAAUUAG